ACUCUUUUUUAAUAACAUAUGGAGUUCACCGGCAGAAAGGUCGGAUUCAAAGCCAAUUCAAGAAACAGGUGCACCAUUUCCUUUUUCCCUCCAAAUCCAUGCUUAGCAAAAUUAAGGAGAUUAAUGUGUCUUUCACUGAAAUUUUAGAAGAAUCAAAUUGUAUUAGACUGAUAAAUCACAGGCUUCACAGCCAAAAUCGUGAAGCUCCUAGGCGAGAAGCUGAUGAUUCAUUUUAUAAGAUUGAAGUUUUGCAAAGGGAUGCUGAUGUCUCAAAAAUUGAAAGUUUGCUGGAUGAGUUGAGCCAGGAACAUCGCCUCUCUGGCCUUUCCAUAGUGGGCAUGCCAGGUGUUGGAAAGACAACAUUAGCUAGAUCAAUAUGUGUGAGGGCAAGGGAAAAUCACCCCUCCAGUCUGGUGGCCUGGGUGCUGGUACGUGAGGAUCUUAAAGAAGAGAUGAUUUUAGGACAGAUGUUGCAAUAUCUUGAUAUCCGUGCUGGUGGAAUGACAAAAAGCGAUCCAAUACUUCAUCAUCUUGAACCAAUGUUAGAAAAUAAAAAAAUUCUUCUCAUCCUUGAUGGUUUAUGGAAUGAAGAAGAUGCUCGGUGGUUGAAAGAGUUCAUCUGUCGUCUGCCACAAUGGUUCGCAACUGCUAGGAUCUCUGUUGUCAUAACAACUAGUAAUAAAGAGGUAGCUUCAAUAAUGGACACAAUUCCUUUGCAUAAGCAUGAAUUGCAAAAGCUAUCAGAUGAAGACUGCUGGUUGAUAAUGGAGAAGAAUGUUCUCAGAUUGUCCAACAGAACUUCAAUAGAAGAUCCACAGUUGUCUGUUGGAAAGGAUAUUGCAGAACAGUGUGGGGGUUUGCCAUUAGUUGCAGCUGUCUUUUUUUUUGUUUCUAUUAGUUGCAGCUGUCUUUGGCAAGCACUACUCUGUCUAUAUUAUAAAAUAAUAAUAAUAUCAUAAAGUAAAUUGUAAACCGUACACUACUCUAUCUAUUAUUCUUAACACAUCAUUUUAAAUAUCAUAAAAAUUUAUAAAAUUAAAAUAUAAUGAAUCAUUAUUUUUUAAUAAAUUAUUUUUUAAUAA